AUGCCGAUUCCCGUUCCAGACUUCGUGGAUCAAGAAUCCCAUCCCUCCAACACAACUGGCUCCGCCGGACAAGCCUCUUUGGAUACCGUCGCCUCUGCAAGUGGUAGCAGCAGCGGUCGCCAUCUCGGCACUGGUUCGGGUGGAACUGUCAGUGCGCCGGGCUACUCGGCCUCACAGGAAGGCGAUCAGCCGCUGAACAAGGAGGAGGCAGAUCGUUUGUACGAGGAGCGCAUGGAGGAGGAGUAUGCGAAGCGGGAAGGAGGCGCAUAA